UGUGACGUGGCACGUCGCGCCGGCCCAGAGGGACGCGUUGGCGGCGCGGAGCGCGCGCAGCCCCGGCCAUGGGGGCGGCGGCGGCCGAGGCGGAUCGGACCCUCUUCGUGGGGAAUCUGGACCCCAAGGUCACCGAGGAGCUCAUCUUCGAGCUCUUCCACCAGGCCGGGCCGGUGAUCAAGGUGAAGAUCCCCAAGGACAGGGACGGCCGCCCCAAGCAGUUCGCCUUUGUCAACUUCAAGCACGAAGAAUCGGUGCCCUACGGCCUGAGCCUGCUCAACGGCAUCAAGCUCUACGGCCGGCCCAUCAAAAUUCAGUUCCGAUCAGGGAGCAGCCACGCAUCUCAGGAUGGGAAUCUGCCUUGUCCCCCACACGGAGCCGCCGGCGCCAGCCUGUCCGGGGGGCACCCAGCCCCCCCCUGCAGCCGCUACGAGAGGAACCCUGAGGGUGUGGGAGCAGCGGGAUUCUCCCCGGCGCAGCGGGCGGCGGCCGAGCAGCUCCAGAGGCAGGCGGUGAUGAGCAGCGCCCUGCGGCCGCAGUUCGGGGGCAAGUACGAGCCGGCCGCCUUCGGCCCACCCGGAUACCAGCCCCCGCCCCACGCCUUCCACCCGCCGCCCGCCCCCCAGCUGCCGCGGCGCCCCGAGCUGCCGGCGCUGCGGAAGGGCCGGCUGGGCGCCCACCCCUACCCCCCGGACAGCCGGCACUUCGGGCGGGAGCCGCGCUUCGACUACGGGCGGGGCAAGCGGGAGGAGUACGGCUUCGAGGAGAGGGGCCACGAGGCCGAGCACCACUACCGGGGGGGCCGGGAGGAGCUGGCCUACGAGGAGCGGCACCGGGAGAGCUGGAGCCACGACUACGACUACCGGAGGGAGAGCUACAGAGAGGCCAAGUGGCACCCGGCACGGCACUGACCCCGCGCGGGGCUGGGGAGGACUCCAGGGCAACGAGAAGCACAAUCUGUUUCUUACCUGUAUAAAAAACCCAAACCCGACCCCUCUCACCGUUACCUCCUCCUGCGCUCCGGCCGGCGCUGCUGCUGCGCCCGGGCACCCCGGGCACCCCGGGCACCCCGGGCACCCCGGGCACCGCGCUCGGGACGAGCCGCCGCCCGUGGCCGGCGCUGCGGGGAAGCGGCCGUCGGGGCUCGUGCAGCGCGGCGGGACGGAGCGUCCCUGUGCCCGCCGCGGGACGGGGCCCGGCCCCGGGCGUGUGUCACGUCACGGUUUUGAUACAGAAUAUUUGAAUAUUCCCUGUCUAGGCAGAGCAUUAAACGUCUCCUGGAACAAA